AUGAGCGGCAACAAGAACCCGACCAACAAGAAGCUGGAGGAGCUCGUGGAGCGCGCCGGCGUGAGCAAGCUCGUGCUGGAGGACCCGGACCAGGUGGUGUGCGACGAUGAGUGGACGGAGGAGCGAGAGCGCCUGGCGCGGGAGCACCUGAGCCAGGACAGGUCCUCGAUCCCCGAGUUCUGGCAGAAGAAGUACGAGAAGGAGGCAGCCAAGAGUUGGGACAAGUUCUACAAGCGCAACUCCACCAACUUCUACAAGGACAGACACUACCUGCAUCUGGUGUUCAAGGACCUCGGCGUCGUACCCGAGAACGGCGAGACGCGGACUCUCCUGGAGGUCGGCAGUGGAGUCGGCAACGCUGCGCUACCUCUGCUUGAGGUCAAUCCGGCGCUUAACAUUGUGGCCAUCGACUUUGCCGACUCGGCUAUUGAUCUGCUCAAGAAACAACCGCUUUACGACGAAGCUCGCGUCGCAGCCUCCGUGUGUGACAUCACGAACGACGCACUGCCCGAUGCCGCAUUCGCCAACGGUGGCGUGGAUUUCGCGCUCUUCCUCUUUUGCCUGUCAGCUCUGCACCCGGACAGGAUGAAGGACGCGGUGAAGAAGGUGGUGGCGGCCAUCAAACCCGGCGGCAAGCUCUUCUUCCGUGACUACGGCCGUUACGACCAGGCGCAGCUUCGUUUCCGCCCUGGCUGCAAGCUGCAGGAGAAUUUCUAUGUGCGUCAGGACAACACGCGCGCCUACUACUUCACGACCGAGGAGGUGGAGGAAAUCUUCACUGAGGCCGGCCUCGUCCCGGUCGAGAACGAGUACAUCCGACGCCAGUACGCCAACAGACAGCAGAACGUGGUGCGCUUUCGAGUUUGGGUCCACGCCAUCUUUGAGAAGCCUCUUACUACCCCGCAAGCGUAAGCGAAAAAGUGAUAUGGUAGCAGUACUGUAUUGCACGACGCACUCCUACCGAACAAAAUACAUGUUCUAGACGCAGUUUCCGCGACGGAUUG